UCACGUGACCGUCUGUCGGUGCCCGCAGCGCAGGUACGACGCGUUUCAUCGUGGAGGAGAGUGGAGACGCAAAGGGGAGUGAAUCAAACCCUAUUUCUUUUCUUUCGCUUUGAUAUUCUGAUUACCAAUCUCCAGCACGAUGACCAAGUUCCUCACGAACAUUGUGAGGCGAGGAUGGGUGAGUGACAUGUGUCAGGGAAGGAACUUCAGCCUCUCAAAUGCACGCUCGCUGCACAAAACCGUCCUCCACGAUUUCCAUGUUGCCAACGAGGGGAAAAUGGUUGAGUUUGCCGGGUACUCCAUGCCUGUCCAGUACGGCAAAGUGGGCAUAGCAACCUCACACAAACAAGUACGAACCCAGUGUGGGUUGUUCGACGUGUCACACAUGUUGCAGAGCAAGUUGCAUGGCAAGGAUAGGAUCAAAUUCAUAGAGGGACUCAUAGUUGGAGACAUCGAAGGCCUCGCGAACAACACAGGAACGUUAUCGCUUUUCACCAACGAAAAAGGAGGGAUAAUCGACGAUUUGAUAUGCAGCAAGACGGAUCAGGAUUAUCUGUAUGUAGUUAGCAACGCAGGUUGCAAGGAGAAAGACCUGCAGCACCUGAGAGAACACCUGGCGAGCUUCAAGGCUGGCGGAGGCGAUGUCGAACUCGAGAUCAUCGACGACCACGGCCUGGUGGCUGUGCAGGGCCCCGGGAUGGACAAGAUUUUGCAGCCUUUAGUGGAGGGAGACUUGAACCAACUCUAUUUUAUGACGACCCAAGAGAUGAAUGUUGCAGGCAUCCCCUGUAGAGUGACAAGGUGCGGUUACACAGGGGAAGAUGGCGUUGAAAUAUCCGUCCCUAAUGAUAAGGCUGUAGAACUCAGUGAGACUCUGGUUGGUGCAGGUGUUCACCUUGCUGGUCUUGGAGCAAGAGAUUCCCUAAGGCUGGAAGCUGGACUCUGCCUAUAUGGAAAUGAUAUUGAUGAUGACAUCACACCUAUUGAGGCGGGCUUGGCUUGGACUAUUGGGAAGAGACGUAGACAGACUGCUGAUUUCUUAGGAGCUGAGAUCAUACUGAAACAGCUAAAAGAAAAGCCAAAACGCAGACGUGUAGGUCUAGUGUGUAGUGGACCUCCACCCAGGGCACACUGUCCAGUUCUUGAUGCUGAUGGUAGCCAAGUUGGUGAGGUUACAAGUGGUUGUCCAGCCCCAUCGUUAGGAAUGAAUGUGGCCAUGGCUUAUGUUCCAGCUGCCUUGGCGAAAGCAGGCACAGAGUUGUUUGUUCAAGUACGGAAAAAGUCAAUCCCAGCCAAAGUAUCAAAGAUGCCUUUUGUUACCUGCCAUUAUUAUACCAAGAAGUAAAAGCAUCCACAAAGUGAAAGGGUAUUUUAAAAGAUUUUUGAAAAAUCUUCCUUUUUAAAUUUCUUGCUAAAUGUGAGUGUGUGUGUAUACUUGUUACUAAUGUUUCUUUUUUUUUUCUUUUUUCACCUAUCUCUUUCAUUCUCAUGGAAUACUAAGAUUUACAUAUGAUUAUGGAUAUUACUGAGUUAUUGAUAGUAAAGAUUUUAGUAAUGGUGCUCCUUAUAAAAUAACAAUAUAGUGAAGGUUAGUAAAGAUUUUUUUUUUUUUUCUAUCGGCAAUUUUUUUCCGUCAAGGAAAUUAUUAUACAUGCCUAAUAUAGUGGAGCUAUAUUUCAGUGCCUGCACACUUUUAUGUGAGUGUUAUUUGAUAUUGGGGAAAUAUAAGGUUAUUCAAAUUAAUUAAUUAAUAAUGACAUUAAUUGAAGCAGAUACAAGAGUACAGUGAAAAUGACAAGGUUAAAGAUUUGAUCACUGUUAUAAUUUUAAUAGGUAGCUUUACUUCUAGUUAAACACAGCUGUGUCCUUAUGCAUCUGGAAGCAAAAUGCUCACAUAUUCAAAGGCACAUGUACAUUGUUUAAGUAAGAAUUGCUGUAAAAUGGCUUCAAAUAUAUAGUUUUAUACAAUAUGAUAAAAACAGUGCAUUUUAUAUUAUUUGUCUUCAGUAAGGUACUUUAUUAUACAUAUCUUAAAGUUCCUGUCUUUGUGUCUUCUGUCUUACCAGACUUUACAAUGUGUGUGAAGUUCUUAAAGAAUAGAAAAUGAAAAGAUGUGUACACACUGCUGCUGCUUUUUUGAGUUUGGAAUAUCAAUAAUUUGAUAUAGUAUAGACAAAAAUUUGGAAAUACGGAUAGUCGUAUCACCAUUUGAUAACCUUUUACCAUGAGGCAGUCAAGCAUCCUGUCUUCAAGAAAAUAGAAAGCUAUCAUAUUCCUACACAAAUGGAUAUAUGCACAAUGCACAUUCAUAGAGGCUGUUAUUUUAAAAUGGUUGAUGAAAUGAGUCUUGGUAGUAAAUUCACAUUUUCUAAAAAAAAACCAAUAUGUGCAUUGUCAAAAUGCCCAACAAAUGUGAAACAGAGGUUUACAGAUAAAAUUGCAUACAGAUUCUCCUGUAAUUUUUCCUUACAUUAGUGGGGCAGUCCAUAAUAAGGAUCCAAGUGAUUUCAUAACAAGGGCAUAUCCAAAUUCUACAGUAAUUUUCCUUAAAGAUAGAUGGUUCAUGGAAAUCCGUCAGUGACAUAACCAGUUUCAUUCAGAAACUUUGAAUAUUGAUUGUGAAACAAUGGUAUGAACCUCAUUAGCAGUACACAAAAUAAAUCAUGUUUGAGAUACCACUACUGCAAUCUUGCUGACAUUUUUCAUCUUUAUUACCUGUUGUAGUCCCACCUGAAAAGACCUGCAUUUUCUGACUCAUUUUGUGGUGAAUGGUCACAUGUUUUCCAUUAGAUGAUACACAAUGCAAUAACUGCUCAAAAUAAUAGAUUUAUAGCUUAGAAACAAAUGUAAAUGCAAUUAUAUUGCAAAAGAGUCAUUAAGUUGCACAAGAUAAUGUAGAAAAGUGGAUAAAUGUCUAUAUUUUUGUGAACACAUUUAGAUUCUGAUUUUAUUUUGCCUUAUGUUCAUUCUUAAAUAAUUGUCAGUGUUGCCUUUUCACCAACACUUGUUGUCUUCUUGAUAAAGGGUAUUGUGUAUAAAAGUAUAAAGCCAUGUUUGUACUAAUUAUCAAAAACACAUAUAUGUUGUUAACUCAUAAAAAAAUAUCUUGGUAACGAAGUGUUCUGUAAUAGAGCACUAUGUUUAUUUUCUGUUUUAUCUGUAUAUUUUCUCUAGCAGAUCAUGCCAUUGGAAACUGAUCAUAAAAGAAUACUCUAUUUUCCUCAUGCAUAUUUUUUAUUCAAUUUUCUAGUUAUGGGAUGAGGAUGCUGAUUAGUACAUGCCUUUACUUACGUGCAAUAUGUAUACAUGUUUUGUACAGGUUUUGUUGUUAUUAUUAUUUAUGUUGAUAACAAAUUAAUGUCUUUUUCAUUACUGGAAAGAAAGAGAUGGAUUGUUAUUUUCUUCCUUUUCUUUUUCUUAAUCGUUCAUGGUGCUAAUUUUCAGAUGUUUGUCCUUUGUUAAUGCUUUAAUUUUUUGUUGAGGUGCUAUUUACCUUUCACCUUUUUACCCUCUGAUGGUUUUUAUUUUGUUUUUAUACUGUGAAAUAUUAAUUGAAAUUUCACACAAUUAAUUAUUC